AUGUCUUUCCUCAAAAAUGUCUUUGGCUCUAGUUCAUCUCGUUCCAUUUCGAAUUCUGUCGGCAGUACUUCUCGUCAAGCCAACUCGGCACUCACUCAAAACGUUCCAUCAACUCUUUCAGCUCUUGCGAGCUUUCAAAAUUCUUGGUUGGCGAUCAAAAAUGCUUUGUCGUCCCCUGCCCACCGUCAUGUCCUCCUGGAAUCAACUUCCAUCAAGGACCGGCUUGAUACGAUGUGGGAAUGUCUGGCCAUAGAGAACCACAUCCCUGUCUCGGUUGCCAAUCCUAAUGGCAGUGGCUCCCUCUCCUCUACUCACGCUGGUGAAUGUGUGGAAUACUUUCUUAAAAAUGAUGUGCCCGGUACCCUUGUCGCACUCUCAUUACCCGAUCAGCCUGUAGGCGUUAAAGGACUGGUGAUAGGAUUCUUUCUAUCACUUGUCGUCUUCAUGGACGAACAUUUUGUUGUUCACUCCAAAGUACACAAACCACUGGUUCGCCUCCUUCGAAGUUGUGUCGAACCUGAAUUGGACGCUGAGGAAGGCGAUGACGCCGGCUGGAGAACCAAAGAAAGUGCCUACGAAGAAGCUGUUGUCGAGGUGAUGUGCCUCAGUUCAUCCAACAUUUCAUCAACGGUCGACGGUCAUACAUCCACUUCCCGAGUCUCAACCUCACCAUCACUCGAAUCCCCAAGCCCUGCUCUCAAAGGAGAUUCCGACAUGCUCAUCUUUUCCUACCUUCUUCGAUUCCUUCAUCGGGAGGGCCGUACCGGCGAUCUCGCCCGAGCUGGCUUACUUUUUCUAAUGGAAUUGGCCAUGGGUCGUAGAAUCCCCCCAACGCCAGCUUCUCCGCACGGACCGCUCCAUAAAACACUUCAUAGGCUCGAGGAGGCUGAUAGUAAGGCUUUAGAAAGUGGAUCAAUGGCAUUCGGCGAGUGGAUCCUGGACUCCGAUUUCGCUGAUGUUCUAGGCGCAGGCCUUGGUGCGGCUUACGGUCUCUUACCGUCUAGAUUAGUCAUUACUCCUCGCAAUCCACUCGACCAUGAUGGCAGUGGUGGAAUGGUGCUAGGUGGCAUGGGCACACAUUUAAGCGACGAUGCUACCGAUCCCCAAACAGCUGAAGAACGCGAGCGUGAGCAGCGACGAACCAGACUAUUAGUGGGUCUGGGCGUGUCCGGCUCAGAAGAAUUUCGUACUCAAAUGGAUCUUUUCAUGAAAUUGAUCGAAUUCACUCAGGAUGUUCUCCGAAAUACCACUUCCAGCCCGCUCCAUCACUACAUUUCUGCACCUGAUCCCCCUACUUUAACGUCGUUGACUACCCCAAAGAAGCCUACUCUGACUGGGCUCAGCGCGCACACACAUAGCCCCUAUAUCUUCGCGCCCUCUGAAGAAGUCGACCUUGGUCCCACCCCAUCUGAAAUAGUAGCCGCAGCGAUCUCAUCUUCCGUAUUAAACUCGAUCCAGAAAUUGUUUUUAAACGCUAUCAUGUAUCCAUCCAUUCUAGAGUGCUCAGAACAGGAUGGUAGUGCUGUAGCUGUGAUGAGCUACCUUGAGGCUAUGCUCUCACUCCUUGAAACAGAUGGAGAAUUGGCAGAUGGAGUACUAAGAUUUCUGAUGACGGAAGACGAUGAAGGAUUGGACCCAAUGCCUCUCACAGGGAAUGCGCCGCAUCACCAGUCAGCUCGUGACGUAAUGAACCGACGCCGCAAGUCCGGCGCUAUUCAAAUAAUCGAAGCUGAAUUCAACAAGGCCCGAGGUCACGGCAAGGGUCCGGAUGGGUUGAUGUCCAUAUCAGGAACUGGAAUCACUUACUUCAAUUCACUAGGUCGAUUCACUCUAAAGGACUUGCUGAUCAAUAACGUACGGUCUCUAGAUGGACCAACGGCUACUUCAGCUCUCAAACUCUUUCAUGUCAUCGUCAACCGACAUGAUCGAUACGCCCUUGCAUUAUUGGACAUACGGCCCGAUCCUUGUGCAACUGCUUUUCCAUUUCCAAAUGACGUUGACGAGCUCUUACACCUUAAUCAAACAGCGGGAUCUAAGCAGCUUCAACUGUUUGGCUCAACAGGGGCGUAUCCAACAGAAGAUGAAGAUGACGAAGACGACGAAGAGUUCACUUAUCCCGUCAUCAAUCCGCCGCAAACUCACGAGGAAGAGAUGUUUGUUUAUCCAACAACGGCUAAGAACGAAGAUGGCCCCGAAGAGUUUACCUAUCCUGCACACGACAGAGAUUCAUCGGUCCCACGACUGGAUCCAGCCCCUCAUCGCCUUCAAUCCCAAGUGAUGUCUACCCCAGCCACCCCGCAUUUCCUCAAACCAGCCUUGGAGCUAGCCGACCGGAUACAACGUUCACCAUGCCCAACAUAUCAGACCCACAGGGAUGCGUUGGAUUAUUUGACCAGCUUGAUUCAAUUGAUCGAGCCUUCGGGAACAGUCAUGAAGCAAGACAUGUCUCAAAACCCGAUGAGUACUGCAUUUGGACAUUAUCUCCUGGACGCGGAAACUGAAUUAACAAACACCGCAACCUUUCGGCGUGGCUUGUUAUCUGACUGCGUGUCAGCUUCAAUCAUGGGUGCAUCGUCUCAGUCAGACUCCCUGCCUUGUAUUUCCCCUCAAACAAGCAUGUAUACUCAAGGAGCAAGAUUGGACUCCGAGAUGAAUUUGAUUGAUUAUCCAGUGAUCCGACAUGGGCUUUCUGCAGAGGCACCUCUAAUCUCAAGUCUACUCGAAUCCCUAACAAGAUUCUUCACCCAAUCACCAGAAUUAAAUUUGAUCUUGACUGGGUGUGUGGCUAGUCUGGCCUCAUGUCCAACCAGGUCCCUUGACGGAUGGCUUUUACCUGUUUUGAACGGAAUUGAGGGAAAAAUGUUGGAUGGAGAAUCGAUGUGGGUGACCGAAUCUUCGAAGCUCGAACUCGGCCAAGACGAUGGCGAUGACCGCUCAAUAGAUUUUGCAGUUGAGGAAUUGGCAACUUCUAUCGCAGAAGAGUCUCGAAGAAAAUCAGCUUGGGUGAGCAGUGGUGAGUUUGGAGACUCAGUUCUAGAGAUCUAUCGACAGUUAGCAGAACAGGUAGCUAGCUAUCGUAAGAGCGUCCCUGGAUUUGAUAAAUAUCUGCACGAGCGACGUCAGGGGUUGGUAUUUGUAGAAAACUUGGAGGAUGCUUUGGAAGGAGACACCAGUCCGUUUGGGGCGACCGAAGAGGCCCAAGCCAUGUCUCCACCUCCACCUCCGCCAAUAGUUGAGAAUGCACCUGCGACAAAAAUUGCAACUCCUGUGACAGAGCCGAAGUCGAAGCCCAAGGAAAUCUCUUUUUUUGCUUCGCUCUUCCGUCCAGCAAACGGUGCACCAAAAAAAUCUUCGCCCUCUAAUCGAGCCUCGAGUCGUCAACCACAGACGCCUACUGCACAAACCCCCGAUCGCGCCACUGGAUUCCAACCAUUUAGUGAGCACUAUCGUCAAACGGGUUCGAUCAAGCUGAAUAUCACACCUGUUCAGACCCCAGCAUCAACGAAAAAGCAUCAAAGUAGAAAGAAUGAAUGGGAUUUUUCAGAUGAUGAGACUACAAGUGGACCAGAGACCCCUACUAAAAAGACUAGGAAUGGAACUCUCGUGGUAGAAGAUCAAAGUCAUAAAGAGGAUAGGAAGACGAAGACUUCAACGAGUCUUUCGAUGGUGUUGGAUAACGUGGUAGUGUUAGAGGAAGCAUUGAAAGAGAUUGGAGCGAUUGUGAGUGCAAGGAAAUCUUUAGGAAUUGAUCCUGUUCGGUUUCUUUAGGUUCAAUCUACAUCGUAGAAUUGUAAGCUAUUAAAGGGAAAGAAUGCUGCUAUGAGUAUAGAUGUACAUUGCUAGUCGGUCUGAGUGAUAGCCCUUGGUUUAAAAGAUAGAAUAUGCCAUCACAAAAUUUUGGGUUAUAGAAUGGUGUUGUGAUAGUAGCAUUUUAAAACACACGGUACUUAGAUUUACAUCAUAGAGAAUCAUUCAUACCCAGCGUAUGGGAAUGAAAAUUCGCUGAAUUUCUCUC